UCAAGCUGUCAUUUUUUUCCGUAAAAAAACACUGUACGUCCUCCCUCUCAGUUGUUCAAAUUAAAUAAUCGAAUAUUUUGUAAUGCAAUCAUCAUAAUAAAAAUGAACAACUUGAAAGCACCAUCCCUACAGUCCCUACUGGAAUCCGAUCGUGGUUCGAAUGACAGUCUUCUGGCUGAAUCACUCCAGCUGGAUAUCGAAGAGUUGGACGAUGUUGAAUACUCGAUACCGCAGUUAAACGAAUUACCAACGUUGGAAAGUGUGUUAACGGAUUUAGAUGGCGAUUCAGAUAUAAUAUCGGAAGCAGGCUUACUGUUAACAACAACGCCAACCCCAUCGAUGGAUGACACACCGAAAAUGGGAACAAUCUGGAGACAUAUAAUUUUGCAAGGUGUCUCCGCGCAAAUAACAUCAGCGACAGAUCGAAUAGGUGCUGGUUUGCCGACUUCAGUUGCAAUAUCUGACAUGAUUGCUGUUGGUACAUCACAUGGCUAUAUUUUGGCUUUCGACAAUGCACAAGCAUUACGAUGGUGCUGUAAAGACCAUACAGGGCAGGGUACUGUGUCUACUCUAGCAUUCAAUGACGAUAACUCACGGCUACUAGCCGGAUUUGCAAGAGGACAUGUCGUCAUGAUUGAUACUGCAUGCGGAGACACGAUUCGCCUGAUGACCGAUGUAAUUACUCCCAACACCGGUGUAUUACAUGUAAAAUGGAUUCAAAAUAGUGCUCAUGCUCUAUGCUCGGAUUCCGGCGGUUCAGUAUGGUCGCUGAAUUUCACAAGACGUCUUGGAAUCAGAGGAUGUGAGUCUAGAUGUAUAUUUAGCGGUUCGAGAGGAGAGGUUUGCGCAGUUGAACCACUUGCGUUCGGGUUAAUGGAACAUCCGUUAAAAAACUUUUGUAUAGCAGCUCUAGCAACACUAUCAAAAUUUAUAGUCGUAACGAUACGGCCUCGUUUAAAGGUUAUCAAAUUCCAUCCAAUGGCUGGACCGGGCGAAUGUCUACCGUUAUUAGCGUGGCAAAUGGUGUUGAUUCAAUCAGCUGACACAACACGUGUCGUAGAUCCGGUGUUGGCUGCUGUUCGAGGAAAUAAUCUCUACUUUCAUCAAAUCACCUAUCGAUCUGGUCGGGUGUCGUUAAUCUUUCUACGCCAUAUUACAUUAACGUACAAUAUAAUUGCCCUGCAUUGGAUGGGACCAAAAACUAUCGCCUGUCUCGACACCAAAGAAAUGUUGCAUUUAAGUGACGUUCGAACGAACAAAGAAUUGGAAUGCAUUGACGUUGGAGCAGUUGGACUUGUAUACAGUUCGGCACAAUUCAAAGCAUUCGCAACUGGUGGAAACGUAUCACCGGCUCUAGCUUUGGCAGGAACAUACGCCUGUUAUAACACAGUUAUAUCGAAAGGAUCACAGCUUUAUAUGCUCGGCGGACGAUCUCUACAUUCCGUAAAUGUACGUUCAUGGAGCGAUAGAAUAAAUUACCUUUCGAGCAAUCAACAAUGGGCAGAUGCAUGUCAAUUAGCUAUUGAUGGAUAUAAAGCUGCUGGAGAUCGAAUUCAUCGGAAACAAAUGGCCAAAGCUCGUACUCUUCAACUGGUCGAGGAGUAUAUCGAAGCAACGAGCCGUUGUCCUGAAUUGUGUUUAGACUCAAUUAUGAACUGUUUGAUCGAAAUUCAGGAAUUCGACGUUCUGUGGCAGGAACUUUGGGAACGGUUGACUGUCACCGACGGAUUUUUGGUUUAUCUUACCGAGCACAUUGACAAUGGUAGCAUAUCGUUUAUAUCGCCGAUUGUGGCACAAUCGUUAUGUAACUACUGGGUGCAAGUGAAUCCUGAUAAGUUGGAGGACGUAAUACUCAAAUUAGAUUGGAGAUGUUUGGAUUUACAUCAAGUGCUGACUAUUUCGAAAAAGGAGAAACUAUUCAAAGCACAGAUUUAUUUAAAUGCUCAUGCUCUUGGCGAUUUUACCGUAUCGUUAACCGACCUAAUUCCACUGAUAUUGGAAGAGGAUCGAAAUCUAGGAAAUUAUCUACUUGUUUAUGUGUCCAGCUGUUUAGCGGGUAGGGGCUAUCCCACUGGGGAUAUUGAAGAGGACAUCAUUCCAACCGUCAAACAUGAGGUCUUACGGUGUCUAACCUCUCUUCAUUCUAACUGUGCUACUGACACCGAGCUAUCAUAUCCGUACUUGCGACAAUUACUCAAAUUCGAUACCAGGGAAACGUUGAAUGUCAUUUCGCUAGCAUUUCAAGAAAAGGAAUUUACUGGUGAAUUAGGCCAGUCGCAUCGUCAAAGAAUCGUCAACAUAUUGUUGGAAAUCCUAACGCCGGAGAGCUCAAAUUGGUCCGACAUCGCAUGUCUCCUAAAUUUUAUUUCGAAUCAAAUAUCGUCAAGGAACCUGCCCGAGGAUUCCAACCUUCUCAACAAAGUACUCAACUAUUUGAAAAUGGAGCACAUUCAAAACGAAACUCCUCGCCAGCACGUGGAACGUGAAGAAGCAUGGCUUCAAUUGAUUGAGGCUGACUGUUUGACCCAUAUUCCUACAGCUGAACAUCUGAAAAUGGCACAGUCGGCCAAAUGCUAUCGGGUGAUUGAAAAUUUAAUGGAAAAGCGUAAACAUUAUCAAGAGAUCCUAAGCUGCUACAUCUGCGACCCAUAUCGUAAUAACGAAUUGUGGAGCUAUGUGAAAAGACACAUUGGUACACCGUCCAGACGAAUCUAUGAACAAUUACUUGAACACUUCGAGAAAUGUGUUGAAAUCAACUGUGAGGAACUGACUCGAAUCGUCAUCGAAUAUUUCAUGCCGAAUUUGAAUCGAUUUAUUCGUUUACUCGAUCAUAACGAACAGAGUCUGUACUUGUUCCUUGACCAGCUAAACAAGAACCAAGUCCAGCUGGAGCUGAAUGACUGUGAAACCUAUUUACAACUUUUGUGCAAAUACAACACGGAAACGGUGGAAACUUUCCUUCAAUCAAACGAGAACUAUCGCAUCGAGAAUGCACUUGAAAUUGUAAAAGCAUUCCAGCUGACAAGUUGUUCGAUUUACCUGUACGAGAAACAGGGUGAUUUCCAGUCUGCAUUUAAUUUGUCAAUGGAACUGCUGAAAGAAGCUCCAGAAAGUACAUCCGAGAGUCGAGCAUUAAUUGUCAGUUCGUUGUGUUCACGGGCUUCGCUCGUUCUGCCGGAAAGUCAGAGAGAGAAGUUAUGGUUUACCUUCUUGAGACUGAUACUUCCGAGGCCCGAUCUGACGCAAGUUACUCGCAUUAUCUUACACGCAGCAAGUGGGCAUGUUGAUUUAACAAAUUUGGUACAAUUGGUAUUGACGUCCGGCACAUCAACUGGCAAUUUCGGUGACAUUAAACAACUUCUCGUCGGAAUGUUGUCGAAUUCGAGGUACGAAACUCUACUCCUACGGACCACAUCUAAGGUACUCGGUCGCGAUUUGCACGAUCUUUUCGUUAAAGAGAAGAAAGCAGCGGCCCAAGGACUGUUCGUUAAAUCAAUAAAGUGUGUGGUAUGCCGAAUAAGACUCUACAAUCAACAGGAUGUUGUUGCUUUCGGUACUUGCAGUCAUGUGGUGCACUACAAUUGUCUCGUUGAACCGUGCACAGUGUGUCCUCGAUGCGGUGCUACGAGCAUUGAAAAUACUCCUGUUCGAUUAGCCGUACCCAAAAUCGAAUUAGUCGAUAGGUCUGAACAUAAGUUAAGUGGGGCAUUGAAUGUUGAAGCGCCGCCAAGAAUUGGUAUUGGUGGCCGAUAGCCAGCCAUUAAGCGAAAAGUGUAAAAGUAUUAUUUCGUGCAGACAGCGCAGACAGUGGACAAUGAACUGAAUAUUAAUUUAUCUAAUUGUUUGAGAGAUCGUCUACAAAAACGGAUGCAUCUUACCAUUUAUUCUCGUCGAUGUUAUUUGUAUACAAUCACAUUUAUUGCAAUAUAAAAACUAAUUAAAUAUAUCAAG